AUGGGCUCUGUCAGCCCCUCAGGAGUGAAAGAGCAGAGGCUAGUGUCCUGGGCUCACGGCCAACAGAAGAAGGCAGGAGAGGCUGAUUUGCAGAGCUGCUGCAGAGCUGGGAUUACCGUCCAGGUUCUUCGUUCAGAGGCCAAAGCAGAACCCAAGUCAAAGCUGAUUAGAGAACGAGAGACGACACACAGGGCUCUGCGCACAGACUCUGGGAGGAAAGAAGGCACAGAAAGAGCAACCAGGACUUGGAGCGCUGGGUUGGGAGGUGGUGGCGGUGACCUGCCUUGGGACCUGCUCCACUUCUGGGCUCAAUACCCAGCGAGGGCCGCUCCAGCCCUGGAUGCCACGCUCUCUCUGCCUCCAAAACCAAGGGUGUGUGGUCUGUUCAUCAUCGUCGCCCCGCGGCUUUGGGAGAGGCGCCCUCCUGCUCUAGGAACCAAAGUGACUCAAGGGGAGGGGGCAGCUGGAAGUAGAGGGAAGCACAUUCCAUGGGAGAUCCGAUCAGAAAUAGCCCCAAACCCUGACCGUCCAGCCCCUGCUCUGCGCCUGGCCUGCCCAUUGUGUAAACAAGGUAAGGCUGAACCAAGUCUCAGGCGUUUCCAUUCACACACUGGACUCGGUGCAGAUUUUAUCUGCGGCGAGGACAUGGAUGGCGCUGGAGAGUUAUCACACUAAAUGAAGUAAGUCAGAGAAAGACAAAUACGCUAUGAUGUCACUCAUAGGUAGAACUGAAGAAACAAACGAACAAAGGAAAAAAAGAGAGAGACAAACCAAGAAAUAGACUAACUAGAGAGAACAAACUGAUGGUUCCCCCUGCAGAGGGGGCGGGGGAGAACAGGGGAUGUGGAUGAGGGAGUGCCCUGAUGAGCACUGAGCGACGUGUGUUAGUGUGAAAUCACUCAAUGGCACACCCGAAACUAACAGAACACUGUACGCUAACUAUACGGAACUAAAAUAAAGAUUUCAUCCGCAGUCAAAUGCACCUGAGCCCAGACUCCUCUCCUUUCUCCACCUCCUUUUCUGGACGCUCUUAAGAUUUUGCCCAGUAAGUGGAUAAAACGGCUUCCUCCUUGCAUCUCACUCUAGUUCUCCAAGAUCACCCCUGUUCUCAGGCCCAGCCCGCUCCCAACUCCCCCUUCCCUUUUGGCCCCAUGACGGCGGCUGGGGCACGCGCUGCAGCCUGGGCUCCCCGAUGCCAGCUCCAGGUGGUGUGCUAGUGGCACAAGCCUCCCCGGCAUGUCAGGAAAUGGGCCCAACAACCAGAGACGUCCCCCUGGCGCAGGCGCUCACAGGCGCUCACCGGCCACGCCGAGGCGAGCCGGGCGGGGCCGGGAGGAGCGGGGGAGCCAGGCAGAGCUCCAACGAGCGCCGCCGGGGCCCCAGCCGGGAUCGGGAUAGGGAGGCCGCCAGUC